AUGGUUGAGGAAUUGAAGGACUUAGCGCCUCUGCUGCUUAAGAAAGAGCGUGUAAAUGGGGAUAUUGACCCAGCAGUACUUACAGAUGUGUUACGUGAUAGUAAAGCAGCAAAUGUACGUCGCAAUGAACUAGUGAAGAUCAUUGAGCGCCAUCCCGUACUUUCAGACCGAAAGAUGAUGUACCGUAAUCACACAGAGCGGUAUGAAUUUGGUCUGAAAAAAGCGUUUUAUUAUGUCAAGUUGGUGCGUGAGGGUGGAUUCACGGACUUGAACGACCAGCAGAUUUUGUACAAAGCUCUGGGAGAACCUCUGGGGUUUGAUGUUCACCGCGCUAUGUUCAUUCCGACACUAGAGAAUCAAGGAAGUGAUGAACAACGCGCUAAGUAUUUACCAUUAGCCAAAAGCUACAAAAUCAUUGGGGCUUAUGCACAGACUGAAUUAGGCCAUGGAUCCAAUGUACAAGGUAUUGAAACUAUUGCGACUUAUGAUAAAGCGACUCAAGAGUUCAUCAUUAAUUCUCCGACACUAACAAGUCGCAAGUGGUGGCCUGGAGGCUUAGGGAAAACAGCAACUCAUGCUAUUGUGCACGCAAGGCUCAUUUUAGACGGAAACGAUGUGGGUGUACAGGCUUUUCUGGUACAAAUUCGGUCGCUUCGCGACCAUCGGCCACUACCGGGCAUCGAAGUUGGGGAUAUUGGUCCUAAGGUUGGAUUUAAUGGUGUAGAUAAUGGAUAUUGUGUGUUUCACACCGUACGUAUUCCACGGGAGAAUAUGAUGAUGAGGUCCGAGCUUAUAUGA